AUGGGUGAUGUAAUGAAUUGUCUUCAAGACGUUACUAAGAGAUUGCGGAAAAUUGAAGAUCGCCGCAGCCGAAGCCCAGUACGGAAACGACAUCAGAGAGUAGUGUCGUCUUUUUCUUCAUCGUCUCAGUCGUCGGAGACCUCUCUGUCAUCUAGAUCAAAGACUCCCCCUGGUUCGAGUAUAAUGGAUCGGUCCGGGGGCCACGCUUCAAAUUGCAUGGUUUCACCGAUUUGUUUACCUUCGGCUGGGCAAGGAGACGCCCCUCCUCCUGGUGUCGAGCUCUCAGAAGAUGUUGUCGAAAUCAUGGGCACACCUGAUACCAACACAUUCAUUUAUGGGCCGAAUUUACACAAAGAUUUAGUUUCCCGUUGGCAAAAAGCUGUGGUCGCGGGGCUGUCUGAAGAGGACAAAAAGGAACUUUGCAACAAGUAUCCUACCCCCGAAAAUUUUCAAUACAUGGCGGCCCGAAAACAUAACCCGAUGGUUGUCAAGGCGAUAUCAUCCUCAAAUUUACAAAGGGACACUCGGUUGAUGGCUCUACAGGGUCAAACAGCCGCAUGUUUAGCCUCUACGGACCAACUUUUUACUUUAAUGUUGGCUGAAGGGGGGGGGGCAACCGAAAAUACAUCAAACUGCUCAACGAUGCAAGCGGAUUAA